AUGGAAGAUGAUGACACCACACCUGAAGUGACGCCUGCCCCAACUAGCGAUCUGAAUCAAGGUCGCUUUAUGCGACAGAUGUCAUCCAGCGCCAUGAAUCUAGCACUGAAAGAUAAUCAGUCGCCGGUAUCGAUGGAGCCACGCGAGCCGCUGGAAGUGUACCCCGGUAAAUAUCGUUAUUUGAAGGGAUCAGAACUUAAUGGGACGACGUACGACUUUGCUAUUGUAACUCGUCGAUACACAUCCAAAAAGAAUGAUAGCACGAUGACUAAUAACACUGAAGUGGCGGUAGACAUCAGUGCAGGGGUGGAAAGUAAAUUGAUCGAGAAGCUUGUAGCCAGUGGUUUGAACGUUGAUGUAUUGGAAGGUGAUUUUAGUCGCGUGGAAGUCGAUGGACAGAAGGCAAGUAAGUAUUUUGUGUUGCUAAUUCGUGGAAACGAUGAAGCGCUUGCCACAUAUGGACGAAGACUGAAGUUUCAAACGUGGCUACGAAGCGGCAAUUCGCGUGAAGUAGAUGCUGUGAUACAAGAAAGUCCAAUCGUCACUCCUGCCGAACGAAUUCAAGUGAUUGAUCAUAUCAUACGUGAGUCGGCGAAGAUAAGGCCAGACCACCCUAAUGUGCAAUCCAUUUUUCCUGUUCAUGAUCCUACGACCAAUAGAUAUUUGUUGAAAACAUUUAUUGGAACACAAAAGCUUGAGUUUUUAUCCGAAAACUAUUUAAACAAAGUCAGAGCUCAUUUUGGUGAAAAGGUGGGUUACUACUUCGCGUUUAUGGAUUUUUACAAUAAAGCUCUGGUCCCGAUCGCGUUGCUAGGUGUACUGUUGACGUGUCUUCGAAGUAUUAUGGGGACUCCCAUGUACAUGCGUGUACUAGUAGGGUGGGCACUUUUGAUUUCAGUGAUUUGGAGCUACGGGUUUCUCAAGGCUUGGUCUCGUCGCAAUAAUGAACUUAAUUACAAGUGGGUGAAGAAUCUUGAAACAAAGACGAUCGUUUACCGAAAUCCCAACUUUCAUGGCGAUGAAUUUAUCAAUCCAAUAACCGGCUUACCGGAUCAAUUUUAUCCAAGUUGGAAACGAUAUCCGAAGUAUUUGGCUGUGGCUUGCUUUAUGAUAGUGCAAAUUUCAAUCAUGAUGUUUAUCAUUGCCAUCUGGAUUACUGCAUUUGAAGUGCUUAAAGUACGAUAUCCUGAAAGCGGAAUUUUUUCUGUGCAGUGGUUUUACAUAUUGGGUGGUGGUGUCUUAUACGGUUUGUUUGUAGACAUUAUCCAAUGGAGCGUCAUUGUUACGAAAGCCGCGCGUAUGUUUACUGAGUGGGAAAAUUGGAAAACCAUUGAGCAGUUUGAAAAGUCAAUGAUACGUAAACUAUUUUUCAUGGAUUUUCUUAAUUACUACACAUGGUUUUUCUUGCUAGCAUUUAUAUAUGUGAUUCCUGGAGCUGGCGAUACCAUAACCAACUUCUUGAAUACGUUGAUUUGGAAUGAUCCAUCAAAUUGUUGUUUUGGACCGUAUAUGAAUCAGUCGGGUUCAUAUUGUGAUUCGUGUCCACUAGCAUGGAAUGAAAUGGGGAUACAUGAAGCUCGAUGUAUACCUUGUCGUGGGUGGGUAACCUUUGACAUCAACCACCUCGAUUUGGAAACCCUUUUUCUUACGCCGAUUAUAAUAACUCAAUUGCUUAACCUCGUCAUUGCUGUUGCUGUUCCAUGGAUUCACCGCAAACACUAUGAACAACGACUGCGCGGAACUGAUCGUAAAGUCAUGGCGAUGGUCAAAGCUCAAGGUGAACGUCGUUUACUUGCGGAAAUGACGUACCAAAACGACGGCACCAAAAAUGUAAGCGAUCAUGACGAAAGUGGUGUCGACAGCAUGAAGGCACGUAAUAAUGAGAAUAUCGCUUGUCUGAUGAAUCGAUCGUCAGCACGGUACUUGGAGAAUAGUGAAAGCGAGGUGGAGCUAUUGAACGCAAAAGCACGUGCAAUCCUUUUUGAAGGUGAGCAAGAGACAUAUGAUCCGUACGAUGACUACCACCAUAUGAUCGUACAAUUUGGUUUUGUCGUCAUGUUCUCGAUGCUGUGGCCACUAAUGCCUGCCGCAUGCAUGAUUGUAAAUGCUCUCAAAACUCGCGGUGACGGCUUUCGGUUAUGCCGUACCAAUCGACGGCCAUUUCCACGCAAGGCCAGCGGUAUCGGAGAGUGGCACAACAUGCUUCACUUUGUAGCGCUGACUGGAGUUAUUGUCAAUAUCGGUCUAAUCUUUAUCUCUACUGGUGCUAUGGAAUUUUUCUCGCCAUCUUGUUCGAAGCAAAUUGCGUACGCUCUUGGUGGUGAUUUCUCUCAUUAUCGGUUUGGUCCAGACUUUGCGUGUUUCUCACUCACCACACGCAUGUUUAUGAUCCUUGUGAGUGAGCACCUUUUGUUGCUGAUAAUAUGGUCAUUCUGGAAGAUUAUUCAAAGCGUCCCAGCCAAUGUUCAGCUUGAUAUGUUGCGUCAGGAAUUCGCUUUCAAGUCGAAGCUAUACCAUCACGCUAUGGAGCAAGCAAACACGACACCUGCUUCAUGCUCUGUUAAGGUCAAGCAGCCAGCUUAUGGUCAUAACAGUACAAAUACUAUGUAUUCGGCUACGAUAGUGAGUGAGCCGACGACUCCCAUUGCAAUCUCCCAACGCAGCGAAGACCAUGCUGGCUCAAAGGAAGAGAAGCAGCCAUUACUAUCGACCCAACGGCUAGCACAAGCGUGGGACUCAACAAAAUUGUCGCCAAAGCCACAUUUGAACCAAGAUGACCCGUAA